ACUCAACUUUUUUCUUCACUUCUCAGUUUCUUCAGUCUUCAUUUUCCAAUGGCCAUUAUCAAAUCUAGGGUUCGCUUAUGCGCUUCACUACCUUUUCUUCGCUCUACACCUACCUUCAACUUCAAGUCCUAUUGUUCUUCUUCUUCUUCAAAUUUAGAAGAUGAUCACAUCGUAGACGAGAACAAAAUACAGAACCCCAACAUCGAACUCUCUCCAGCAGAAACCCUACUUGCAGAGAAGUUUCACGCCCUAAUCAAAGAGCACCACAGCAAAAACCCUAACCCUAACUCUAAAUCCACCAUCUUCCCUGCUCUCCCUUUCGACUUUGCCCAAAUCGCCACCGUCGAAUCCGUCUCCACUGCCAUCCUGCGCCGCGUCAUCGACAAAUGUGGUGGUGUCCGGCACGGUAUCCCCUUCCCCCAAACCCUAGCUUUCUUCAAUUGGGCUACCACCCACCCCAAUUUCCCACACUCCCCCCAACCCUACAACGACAUGAUCGACCUCGCCGGAAAGGUACGACAGUUCGACGUAGCUUGGACAUUGAUUGGUUCCAUGAAAGCACGAAAUAUAGAAAUUCCAAUCGACACAUUCUCGAUUCUCAUUCGUCGGUAUGUUCGGGCUGGAUUGGCGGCCGAGGCUGUUCAUGCCUUCAAUCGAAUGGAGGAUUUCGGUUGCAAGCCCGACCGGAUUGCGUUCUCCAUCGUGAUUGGUAUUCUUUGCAAGAAACGAAGGGCUUGUGAAGCUCAAUCUUUCUUCGAUAACUUGAAAGACAAAUUCGAACCCGAUGUGAUUGUGUACACUAGCUUAGUUCACGGUUGGUGUCGAGCUGGCAACAUUUCAGAAGCUGAGAGGGUGUUUGGGGAAAUGAAGCUAGCUGGGAUUGAACCCAAUGUGUAUACCUACAGUAUUAUAAUUGAUGCAUUGUGUAGAUGUAGACAGAUUACUCGUGCCCAUGAUGUUUUUGCAGAGAUGAUCGAUCGGGGAUGUCAACCCAAUUCUGUUACUUUCAAUAAUCUAAUGCGUGUACAUGUGAAGGCUGCUCGAACUGAGAAGGUCCUUCAAGUGUAUAACCAGAUGAAGAGGCUUUCGUGCCCUGCCGAUACCAUCACCUAUAACUUUCUCAUAGAGAGUCAUUGCAGGGAUGAGAACCGUGAUGAAGCAGUGAAGGUGCUUAAUACAAUGGUUAGGAAAGGUUGUGCUCCGAAUGCGUCUACUUUUAACCCAAUCUUUAGGUGCAUUUUAAAGUCUCGAGACGUGAAUGCUGCUCACGGGUUGUAUGCCAAGAUGAAGGAGUUGAAAUGUGAGCCCAACACGGUCACUUACAAUAUAUUGAUGCAGAUGUUUAAUGAUUCGAAAUCCCCUGACAUGGUUCUCAAGCUUAAGAAAGAAAUGGAUGAUCAGGAAAUUGAACCUAAUGUGAAUACUUAUCGGAUUUUAAUUUUAAUGUUCUGCGGGAUGGGGCACUGGAAUAAUGCCUACAAGUUCUUUAGGGAGAUGAUUGAGGAGAAGUGUUUGAAACCAAGUCAGUCAGUUUAUGAGAUGGUUCUGCAGCAACUGAGGAAGGCCGGGCAGAUAAAGAAGCAUGAAGAAUUAGUAGAAAAGAUGGUGGAUCGGGGAUUUGUCACUCGCCCUUUGUAGGAGCAUACACUGCCUGUACGAGCUGGAUUAGGUGCUGACACCAUCCAUAUGGGAUAAAUGCAAGGAUGAUGAUGAGCUAUCUUUUAUAAUGGUGUGUCUCAUGUUGUUUGAGAGGGAAUUAUUAGUUUUUAUAGUUACUCUAAAUGUGGAACGAUUGCUGAACAUCCUUCUCUUGAGCACAGUUUCAAUACUAGCACUAGAUAGGAUACUGGAGCCACUGUCAGCAUGGGCCAUUGUUAUCAGGAAUGAUGACCAUGUUCCUGAGAUUGAUCUGGCUAUAUAUAUAUAUAUAUAUGUGGAGCAUUGAUGUGAUUUAGAAGUAUAUUAGGGUAACACAUAUUGUUCUCAUGAUUCAUUGUGGCUGAGAGAGAGAGAAGAAAAAGAAGAUGAAAGAAAAGAAACAAGGAGAUUCCAAGGAAAUAAAGCCCAACAAAAAGGCACCCAAUCAGUUCCGAAAACCAGAAACUGCACCAGCUAUACAUCAAGCCCUGAGGACAUCAAAAUAGAUCACAGACUGAUCCAAAAAAAAAAAAAAAAAAUAGAGCUCGACUGUGGGAAUAGACCAGAAGAAGAAAUUUAGAACAUGUCAAACAGUUUUAAAUCUGUAGCUACUCUGCUGGCCAACUGAGGAUCUUUGAAUUGCACUUGGUGCCUUAGGCAAGUCUGAGCCUGAUAGUCUCUCUAAUGUUGGAGAUUCUCUUGGAAGGAGGAGAGCUUUGGUUUCUGAAGGCUCCAGUGUUUCUCUCUUGGCAAAUAAGUAAACAGUGCUUGAGAGGAGCAACUUGUGUAUGUAGAAGGAGCAGUGUCUAUCAUAAGAGAGCACACCAGCCAAUAAUACUAUCCCAAUCUCCAGGAACAAUGUAAAACCCUCCAAUGUGCUGAGAGUAACUCCAUAUUGUAGAAGUAACUUGUUGCAUCAACCUCUGAUCAAAUAAUUUUUUCAUAAUUUAUCAAAUAUUUUUAAUCA